AUGGACCGCGUCAAAAGCCUCUUCAGCGGCUGCAUGCAAGCCCGCAAACGCUCCAAAGCACAGUACCACGAUUCCUGGCUUGCGCCAGCGCCAGCGCCCUGCACGCACCACCAGCCCUCCACCCCACAACAACCCACACAAUCAAAAGGCCUAUCCAAAACAUCCUCCAUCCGCAUCGUCGAGUCCGACCCCGACGAGUCCUCCGACGGCCCCUCGCGACGACUGCGGCUUAGUCGCUGUGCGCCUGACGAGCCCGCCGACGAUACAGACGAGGAGAGCCUGCACCCCGACGACGACGGCAUAGACGAACCGCAGGCCCUGCCGCAGCCACAGUCAUGGACGAGCCACGCCCUCACGACGGAGGUCAAGCGGCGGAUAGAGGAUAUCCCCGAAGAAGACGAGGGCGAUGAGCGUGUAGAGGUGCCCGCGACACCUGCACCUGCACAGCACCCGCGCCGCCGCAAGUCGCUCGUCGAGAUUAUCCAGCUGCUGCAGGCGACUACCACGGCUAUCAAGGGCGCUGCGCAUGGCGUACCGGGGAGGCCUCUCCUGCGGGGCCCGGCGGCGGUGACGAUGAGGUGA